AUGAAGCCAAGAAAUAUAAACAACUUGUUUCCCAUUUGGUGUAUCAUAUUUUCCAUCUGUGAGUACGGUUACGUGGGAAGUCUCCGAAUCGGGCUUCGCAGAAACUACAGUCAGAGCCACAAUCCUGAUCAGCAUGGGGAAAGCCAAGUAGGCUUUCGACGAAGUGGAGAGCUAAGGGAUUUGGCAAAGCACGAAAAUAUUUUAAGUAACAAUAUUUCUUACAAUAACAAAAACGAGGUUUCAUUUCUUAAUCAGAAAAAACACCUUGAGGAUGAUGACGAUGACGAUGACGAGUUGGGGGCCUUGUACAACGACGAUGAUGAUGCGUCCACCACUACGGGAGGCGGCUCUGUAACGAGUGACGACGACGAGCUGGAGCUUCCCGACCAAGACGAAGGUGCAGAGGAAGAGGAAGACGAAGAAGAUGCCGAAAACCAGCCAACCAACGAGGACGACGCAGAGAGUAGCGGGAUAGACAAUGGACUCAAAAAGAAGAUCCAACUUAGUAGACACGAAAAACUCAUAGAAGAUAAAAAAGAACAGACGGAUAAUACCUUUAAGAAGUACCGCUUCGGCGACGGCGAUGAAGAAGAGUCAAACAAACAAUCCUCAAGGAAAAGUAAAUCCUUGGACCCUACGUCCCUAGAUAACGAUAAUGAUGAGAAUGACGAUGAGGACGACGACGACGAUGAUGAUGGGAAAGGAGAAAAAAUACAAUCGAACACUAGGAACGCAAUGAAAAAGGACUUGAACGUAUUUCCAGGGUUAUACUUUGCAGGGAUCGGGUAUGACUCCCUCUUUGGAAACCCCUUGGGGGAAGCAGACUCUUUAACGGAUCCCGGUUAUAGGGGGCAGAUUAUUCUGAUGAACUGGGAGCUUAGCAACAAAGGAAUUGCGAAUGACUUGGCUACUUUGCAACCAUUGAAUGGAUGGAUCCGAAAGGAAAACGCCUGCAGUAGAGCAGAAUCGAUCAAAGAGUGCAGCACCGUUUCGGACUACACCAAAAAUCUGACGGCGGAGGCGAGCGUGUCGGGAAGCUACAUGGGAUUCGGGGCCUUCUCCGCUUCCACCGGAUAUAAGAAGUUUCUCCAGGAGACGACAAAGAGGACCAGCAAGACGUAUUUGAUCAAGUCCAACUGCGUGAAGUACACGGUUGGCUUGCCUCCCUAUGUGCACUGGGAACAAACGACAGCCUUCAAAAACGCAGUGAACGGACUCCCGCCACAUUUUACAGGCCUACAACAAGACAGCGAAUGCGCGUCGGAUGUCUAUGAGCAGAAGAAAACGUCCGAGGAGUGUGAAAUUGUGCACACGUGGAUUACAUUUUUCAAGACCUAUGGAACGCAUAUCAUUAUGGAAGCGCAGCUGGGUGGCAAAAUCACAAAAAUCAUCCGCGUGGAAAACUCUUCGGUGAACCAAAUGAAAAAGGAUGGAGUCAGCGUAAAGGCGCAAGUGAAGGCGCAGUUUGGCUUUGCCAGCGUAGGAGGGUCGACAAACGUGAGUUCCGAUAACUCCUCCAAAACAAACGAAGACAAUUACGAGAUGAGCGAACAGCUAGUUGUGAUUGGAGGGAACCCAAUCAAGGAUGUCACGAAGGAAGACAAUUUGUACGAAUGGUCAAAAACUGUGUCCACCCACCCCAUGCCAAUUAACAUAAAGCUCCUACCAAUUUCAACCAUCUUCGAAACCGAGGAUUUGAAGAACUCCUACGAGAAGGCCCUCAUUUACUACACCAGACUGUAUGGCUUUUCCCCCCACGACACGAUGCAAAAGGAUGAGAAGGAUAUUGUUAAAAUUCUGACCGCUUCGACGACGGUCACGAACAUUGGUUCACCCCCCAUAAGCGCGGAAUGCCCACACAACAUGGUGGUGCUAUUUGGCUUUGUAGUGAGGCAGAACUUCUGGGACCACACGAACAAAUUGCAGUCAUACGAAAUGGAGAUCUGUGAAUCUGGCAUGAGUGCGUGCACGUCGAAGCAAGGAAGUUCAAACAAGUAUGAUGUGUCUUACACUUACAUCGAAUGUGGCCCCCAAGCUUUACCGUUCAUCGAGCAGGUGGUUAGCGUAAGUAGCACCACUUACAACUCAUUGAAAUGUCCAAAUGAUUACUCUGUUCUGUUUGGGUUUGGAAUGGCUACUUCUUCUGGCAAGCACCAAUCGGCUCUCUACACUUAUUUCACGCCCUGUCGACCAGGCAUGAAAAGCUGCUCCCUAAACAUGAACAAUCAAGAUGAUAAGAGCUAUAUAUAUCUGGUCUGUGUAGACGGAACCAUAUGGACUGGCUUGAAUAAUCUGUCGCUGAUCGCCAAGGAUGAUUUACACACCGCUGUUAACAAGUACAAGCAAUUUAAUGAUGGUGAAUUAGUCGUUACAUGUCCUUCUGAAGGCACGAUACUCACGGGAUUCUAUGGCGAGACGCAUACCUCUAGUCCUUACGUGACUGCGCCCUUUGGCAAAUGUGCAAAAAGUUUAAAGGCCUGUUCAGUGCAUGGGUCCGGCCAAACAAUAGGCAUGCACAACUACAGAACGUUGUUCAUCGUGGCGCUGUGCAAGAAUAACUAG